AUGGGAGCAGGAGCCAGCGCAGAGGAGAAACACUCCAGGGAGCUGGAAAAGAAGCUGAAAGAAGAUGCUGAGAAAGAUGCAAGAACAGUGAAACUCCUACUGCUGGGUGCUGGGGAAUCUGGCAAGAGCACCAUUGUCAAGCAAAUGAAAAUUAUUCACCAGGAUGGCUACUCCCGGGAGGAAUGUCUUGAGUUUAUUGCCAUCAUCUACAGCAACACCCUACAGUCCAUGAUGGCCAUCGUGAAGGCAAUGACCACACUGAACAUCGGCUACGCCAACCCUCGUAACUCUCUCUUCCUGCAGGACGAUUCCCGUAAACUGAUGCAUCUAGCCGAUACAAUCGAGGAGGGGACCAUGCCAAAGGAACUGUAUGAGAUUAUCAGUCGCCUCUGGAAGGACUCUGGCAUCCAGGCCUGCUUUGAUCGAGCCUCGGAGUACCAGCUGAAUGACUCUGCUGGCUAUUAUCUCAACGACUUGGAUCGAAUUGUACAGCCAGGCUACCUCCCCACUGAACAGGAUGUGCUGCGCUCACGAGUGAAAACCACCGGUAUCAUUGAGACCCAGUUCGGAUUCAAAGAUCUCAACUUCAGGAUGUUUGACGUGGGAGGCCAGCGUUCUGAGCGCAAGAAAUGGAUCCACUGCUUCGAAGGCGUCACGUGUAUCAUCUUCAUUGCUGCACUCAGUGCCUAUGACAUGGUCCUGGUGGAGGACGAUGAAGUAAACCGCAUGCACGAGAGCCUGCAUCUCUUCAACAGCAUCUGUAAUCAUCGCUACUUCAUCGCAACCUCUAUCGUCCUCUUCCUCAACAAGAAGGACGUGUUCCAGGAGAAGAUCAAGAAGACCCAUCUGAGCAUCUGUUUCCCAGACUACGAUGGCAACAACUCAAUGGAAGAUGCUGGAAACUACAUUAAAGCCCAGUUCCUGGAGUUGAACAUGAGGAGAGAUGUGAAGGAGAUCUAUUCCCACAUGACCUGUGCCACAGACACAGAGAACGUCAAGUUUGUGUUUGAUGCAGUGACAGACAUCAUCAUCAAGGAGAACUUGAAAGAUUGCGGUCUGUUUUAA